AUGCACGGAAGCUGGAGCAUGCAACCGUUCGAGCUAUUCGCCGCAAAUGGAACGCAGAUACGGACAUUCGGGAUCACAGUACUUCAGCCGAUUCUAGGAUUGAGACGGGCAUUCCCAUGGCGUUUCAUUAUUGCAGACGUGGAACAACCGAUCAUCGGCGCAGAUUUCUUAGCCUACUACCAUUUAUUGACAGACGUCACUAAAAAGAGGUUAAUCGACGGCAAGACAGGAUUACACGUCUCUGGUACCACGAGCUACGCAGCAACAGUCGCAGUCAAGUUAGUCAAAGACGACUCACGCUACCAUAAGAUCAUUUCACAAUUCCCGGGAAUAACGCGACCAGGAGGGAUACAAAAGCCAACCAAGCACGCAACGGAGCACCACAUUGCGACAACACCGGGACAGCCCGAAGCAUGCCGACCGAGACGCUUAGCACCAGAUAAGCUCAAGGCAGCUAAAGCAGAAUUUGACCUACUUCUUCAGGAAGAAAUCAUCAGGGCUUCAAAGAGCCCAUGGGCAGCUCCACUUCAUAUGGUUCCAAAAAGAGGAGAAGCGUGA